AUGCUAACGUUUGGUGUGUCUGGUGGUGUAGUUUGUAAGUGCAGCUGCGAAGACUACAUUGCGAGGCUGCUGCUAACGCUUAGUGUGUCUGGUGAUGUAGGACGUAAGUGCAGCUACAAAGAGUACGUUGCGCGGCUGCUGCUAACGAUUGGUGUGUCUGGUGGUGCAGGGCGUAAGUGCAGCUGCGAAGAGUACGUUGCGAGGCUGCUGCUAACGCUUGGUGUGUCUGGUGGUGUAGGACGUAAGUGCAGCUGCGAAGACUACGUUGCUAGGCUGCUGCUAACGCUUAGUGUGUCUCGUCAUUUAGAAUUACAAUGA